GAAGCGGAAUCGGGGCGGGGCUAGGGAGAAGAGGGGCUGGCCACCCGGCCCCUAGAGCCGGCGCCAGCGGGCUGCUGAGGUGGCUGUCGCCCGCUCGGAACUGCGGCUUGCCCGGGUCGAGCCCCCGAUGGAGGCCGAGGCCGCGGACGGCCCCGCGGGCGGGGUUGAAGCAGCGCUCAGCUGCUUCUCUUUCAACCAGGACUGCACAUCCCUAGCAAUUGGAACCAAAGCUGGGUAUAAGCUGUUUUCUUUGAGUUCUGUGGAGCAACUGGACCAAGUCCAUGGAAGCAACGAAAUCCCAGAUGUCUACAUCGUGGAGCGCCUCUUCUCCAGCAGCCUGGUGGUGGUGGUCAGCCGCACGAAGCCGCGGCAGAUGAACGUCUAUCACUUCAAGAAAGGCACCGAGAUCUGUAACUACAGCUAUUCCAACAACAUCUUGUCCAUCAGGCUGAACCGGCAGAGGCUGCUGGUGUGCCUGGAGGAGUCCAUUUACAUUCACAACAUUAAGGACAUGAAGCUGUUGAAGACCAUCCUGGAUAUCCCUGCAAACCCAACAGGUCUGUGUGCCCUCUCUAUCAACCAUUCCAAUUCUUACGUGGCCUAUCCUGGAAGCCUGACUACAGGCGAGAUCGUGCUUUACGACGGACACUCCUUGAAAACGGUCGGCACUGUCGCUGCCCACGAGGGGACGCUGGCUGCCAUCACCUUCAACGCCUCGGGCUCCAAACUGGCCAGCGCUUCUGAAAAGGGCACGGUCAUCCGGGUGUUCUCUGUACCUGAGGGGCAAAAGCUCUAUGAGUUUCGGAGAGGAAUGAAAAGGUACGUGACAAUCAGCUCCCUGGCUUUCAGUAUGGACUCACAGUUCCUCUGUGCCUCCAGCAACACCGAGACCGUGCACAUCUUCAAGCUGGAACACCUCACCAAUAGUCGACCCGAAGAGCCUUCGACCUGGAGUGGCUACAUGGGGAAGAUGUUCAUGGCCGCUUCCAACUACCUCCCUGCCCAGGUGUCCGACAUGAUGAAUCAGGACAGGGCGUUUGCCACCGGGCGUUUGAGUUUCUCUGGACAGAGGAACAUCUGCACCCUCUCAACGAUCCAGAAACUGCCGAGGCUGUUAGUUGCGUCAUCUGAUGGACACCUUUAUAUCUACAACCUGGACCCUCAGGACGGAGGAGAGUGUGUCUUAAUGAAGACUCACAGGUUGCUUGGCUCAGGAACGACAGAAGAGAAUAAAGAAAAUGACCUCAGACCUCCAUUACCUCAGUCUUAUGCAGCAACUGUAGCCAUACCAAGCACAUCUUCCGCCUCCACGGUGCCAGGUUACUCUGAGGACGGCGGGGCACUCCGAGGAGAGGUUAUUCCUGAACACGAGUUUGCGACGGGACCAGUGUGUCUUGACGAUGAGAAUGAGUUUCCCCCUAUAAUCUUGUGCCGUGGAAGUCAGAAGGGCAAAACGAAGCAGUCAUGAUGAGAAGCACACCUCAGAAAUCAGGACACCCCCUAUGAGGUGGUCUUGGAGAAAACAAGGAAGGUGGAAGAAUGGAGUGCGAUUGUGGGCGCGGAAUGGGGGGCAGGAAUCCCAGGCGCCGCCCACGUAAGCCCCAGGACGUGGCUCACUGCUCAGCAAGCCCUCCUCCUCAGCCCUGGCUGCCAGUGGGUACGGGAGACACGGUAUACACGUCCUGCUAUUUAAAAUAUAUUACAGCCCUUAUGUCAAUACUAACUAACCAUAUUGGUCUAUAUGGAAUUUUAUAUUAAAAAGGGGCAUCCUUUUUAAAUGUAUGCUGUGUAAAAAUGUACUUAUAGGAAAGUGUCUUCGAACUGUAUUUCUUGUAUAUUACAUACACAGAGGGAGAAACUAUUUUAGCCAAGCAAAGUAUUGUUUGCAGUGAUUGGGAUAAAUCACUUACUACCUUUGAGUCCCAUUUAGGACACUAAUAAUAAAAUCAUGGCAAUGCA